AUGGCUGCUGCUCCAGGGGCGGGUGCUGCAGUGGCGGCUGCUCUAGGGGCGGCUGCUGCAAUGGCGGCUGCUCCAGGGGCAGCUGCUGCAGUGGUAGCUGCUCUAGGGGCGGCUGCUGCAGUGGCGUCUGCUCCAGGGGCGGCUGCUGCAGUGGCGGCUGCUCCAGUGGCAGCUGCUGUAGUGGCUGCUGCUCCAGGGGCGGCUGCCGCAGUGGCGGCUGCUCCAGGGGCGGCUGCUGCAGUGGCGGCUGCUCCAGGGGCGGGGCGGCGACGGGGCCGGGAAGGGGCAGCGACGGGGCCGCUAGGGGCGGCUGCUACAGUGGCGGCUGCUCCAGGGGCGGUUGCUGCUGUGGCGGCUGCUCCAGGGGCGGCUGCUGCUGCUGGGCGGCUCGGUGGCUUGGCUGCCCGCCAGGGGGGGCGACGGGGCCGGGAAGGGGCAGCGACGGGGCCGCUAGGGGCGGCGACGGGGCCGCGUAUGGGGAGGAGCGGCGACAGGGCCGCUAGGGGCGGCGACGUGGCCGCGUAG